CCGAUACAGCGGAGUUUCAGUUGAGGAGAGGCGACGGCGCGGACGGACGGAGCGCAGCAGGUGAGGACAGAAGUACUCCUUCCUGCCUGGAGAUGAACUUCUCGGAGGUGUUCAGACACACUAACCAGCUGUGCCGGGUCUCGCCAGAUGGGAAGUGUUUGGCAACCUGCGUCCAGUACCGCCUGGUGGUGCGCAACAUCAACACCCUGCAGAUCCUGCACCUGUACACAUGUCUGGACCAAAUAGCGCAUGUGGAGUGGUCCUCGGACUCGCAAUUCAUCUUGUGCGCCAUGUACAAGAGAGGACUGGUGCAGGUGUGGUCUCUGGAGCAGCCCGACUGGCACUGCAAGAUCGACGAAGGCUCUGCGGGGCUGGUGUCCUCGCGCUGGAGUCCCGAUGGACGACACGUUCUCAACACCACCGAGUUCCACCUGAGGGUCACCGUCUGGUCCCUGUGCUCCAAGUCUGUGUCCUAUAUCAAAUACCCCAAGGCUUGUCAGAAGGGCCUGGACUUCAGCCGAGACGGGCGUUACAUGGCUCUGGCGGAGCGGCGGGACUGCAAGGACCACAUCAGUGUGUUUGUCUGCGAGGACUGGCAGCUGCUGCGGCACUUUGAGACGGACACGCAGGACCUGUCUGGAGUGGAGUGGUCACCUAACGGCUGUGUGCUGGCUGUGUGGGACAGCUGUCUGGAGUACAAGGUGCUGCUGUACUCCUUGGAUGGGCGUCUGCUGUCUACCUACAGUGCCUAUGGUUGGUCUCUGGGCAUCAAGAGCAUCGCCUGGAGCCCGAGCAGCCAGUUCCUGGCCAUCGGCAGUUACGACGAGAAGGUGCGCAUUCUGAAUCACAUCACAUGGAAGAAGCUCACUGAAUUUGAGCAUCCAGUCAGCAUCAGUGACUCCAGAGCAGUUGUUUACAGAGAGAUGGAGCGACGGGCUGUGGCUGGUAGUGAUGACUUGUCUAUCCAUCAUCAGAUACCAGCGGGAACAUCUCUGUUUAGCACGCAGAGCAAGUAUGAGAUCUGCGAGCUGCCAAUUUACGUUCCCAUUGUGAAGCCGGACCCCGACCGAGCCAAUCCAAAAAUAGGUGUGUCCACCAUGGCUUUUAGCUCGGACAGCCGCUACCUCGCAACCAAGAACGACAACAUGCCAAACAACGUGUGGGUGUGGGACAUGCAGAGGCUCUGCCUACUGGCUGUGCUUGAGCAGAGAGCACCUGUGCGCUGCUUUCAGUGGGACCCCCGGCGCCCUCGUCUCGCUCUGUGCACCGGCAGCACCAAGGUCUUCUUGUGGUCCCCGGGUGGCUGUCUCUCCGUCCAGGUGCCCGCAGAAGGUAGCUUCCAGGUGCUGUCCCUGAGCUGGCACUGCGGUGGCGAUUCCCUUAUCCUGCUGAGCAAGGAACACCUGUGUCUGUGCUAUGUGGAGGCGGAGGCACCCAAGUGAAUAAGUGCGUCCGGGGAUGGGGGAGCUAAUAUUAGUGCUACGGCGAUCUGGAAACUGUCGCUCGCCGCUGUUGGGAUGACAAGCAGAUUCAUGUGUGUCCUGCCACAGUUGUCCUCAGCGAGGCCCCCAUACGCUCGCAGGGAAUCCUGAGCUUUCAGCUACCGGAGGGGCAGCAACCGCUCGUUCACAUGUCGAACUACACAGUUUCAUACGUGUGGAUUUUCCUCCAAUUUACAAACCGAAGGACUCACUCCUCCACAGGAGGAUGAUGACACAUUGCAAUAAAUGUCGUUUCUAUAAGUAGGUGAUAUGGUAAAUAGAAUAUACUGGAACCACUAUGUAAAU